AUGUCGGACAGCAGCCGCUCUUCGUCUCCUGGGAUGGCCACGCCACAGAUUCCCAGCUUCCGAACAGAGGAGCUGAAAAGCUCCUGUCUGGAGCCUGGUCAGGACACUCUACGACGAAAGCUGUUUGACAACAAUGACGACUGCACCGGGCCUGGCGCGACAGUGCGUGCGAAUGCCUGGCGUGAAAGCCACGGAGGUUCCGGCGCUGCCCCCGAGCAGGCGGACGUGGUCCAGGAACUAGCGAGAUCCCGAGAGCUCCUCGAGAAGGAGCGCAGUAUGACCCAAAAAUUCGUGGCUGAAAGAACGAGUCUUCGUGAGCAGGUGACAAAGCUUCAGUGUGACUUGCAGGCGGCUCGAAAGCAGCAUGAACUUGACGAUGUGGCCGUACAUCAGAUGGCAUCGCACCUGGCAGAGUCCAAGCGCCGGGAGGACGCAGCGAAGUUGCAAGUGGAGCGGCUGUCGGCGGCCCUUGGAGUGCUUCAGGCAUCCAUGGCGUCGGUGGUGCGGAACUCUGGGGUGGCUCGGGGACACGAGCUGCCACAGGACGACGUCGCACUGGCCGCGCUGAAGGCCGGCCUGUCGGCAGUUCAGGCGGAAUCCAUACCUCCGGAGAUGAUUCUGGCACAGGCAUCGGCGACACAGACGGACUUGGAAGCAUUCACUACCAACCAGGAGCGAAGAAAUCGAUGGUGUCCUUCACAGUGCUGGCGCGGCCUGAUGCGUCUUGUUCCCCAAAGACGCCAGACCAUCGACAGAUCUCUCCAGGAAGACCCCUCCCUGCAGCAUGUCCAGGCCUCCUUGUCAGAGCUUCGCUCUCAGAUCGAGAAGGCUCGGGCUGGACACAUGAAGUCUCGUAGCAACGACAGGCACCAUAGGCGACACUUGGUGAAAGGGAGUGCCUUGUCCUAA